AGAUUGAUUUAUAAAGAUAGUCCUGGUUUACAUUCAGAUUAAUCACUGGGUGGCUUCAGCCUGUUAACGUUUACUCUGAACAUGUUGCCUUAUGCUUGUUUUAGACAUUUUAACCUUAAAUGUUGAUGGAAAAAAGUCAACUAGGCUACAUCUGUUCAGCAAUCUCCUCUAACCAAUCAUAAACCUCAAAAAGCAACACGUGACUGAACGCGGAAGCGCAUAUGUAGUGGACGAGCUGCAAUCUAGGCACUCUAUUGGAUCACGUAAUAGACACGCACGAGUCCAGCAGCAGCUCAGCUGUCACAGAGCUGAAGCUGUUCAGUCAACAAGCCCGGAACAUCGCUGAACACACAUUAAACUCCAUAUUUAAUUUAAUCUAUCACAUCUCCUGUUAUGGAGCAAGUGAAGCAGGAGGCCUUUGAUAAUGCCAGGCUGCAGGUGAUCAAAGAUGGGUACGAGAAGGCAUUUGCAUGCAUCAAUAAAGCUCUCACAGAGGAUGAGGUGGGCCACAGUGCAGAGGCGCUAAAACUAUACCGACAAGGGCGACAGCACCUCCUCAGGGCUCUCAGUGUUCCCUCACAAGGUAUGGAGUGUGUGGGUCCCUCCUGGGAAUCAGCUAGACAGAUGCAGCGCAAGAUGCAGGAGACUCUCAACAACAUCACCACUCGCUUAGCCAUGCUGGAAACCAGCCUAGACCCCAACGAAGUCUCAGAUAACCAUGCAGCCCCUCAGAAACUCUACCCUGAAGUCCCGAAGGUCAGGCCAGAGAAGACGACUCCACCACAGAUGCUUGCUUCCAACAGCGGGGUUGCAGGGGCUUCAGGUGGGCCAGUUCUAGUCUCUCCCUCAGUGCAGCCCAAUAUAUUAAGCGACCAGCCUCCUGCAUACACCCCUCAAGCCGCUGACGGACACCUGAGCAUUUCCUAUGGCACCGACUCAGGCGAACUUUCCCUGGUUGGUGAUGAGUUCUACAGCAAUACGUCUAAUUCUGCACCUUCUCCUCAGUGUCUGGGGGAGGAUGGAGAGGAACUCUUUUUCCUUCCUCAAGGGGUGCAGAUCUUCUUUGUUACACCUGAGGGGCAAGUCAGUGCUCCCUCUUAUCCAGGGUACCUGCGCAUCGUCAAGUUCACCAGCGAGCAAUCAGAAAGGAUUCCAAACAGGCCACCUGCCUUCCUACAGGUUUGUGACUGGCUUUACCCAUUGAUGUCCUCUGAUUCCCCAGUCCUGCUGUGCAACACAGGAGUCUACAUGUUCCCUGACAUGAUGGCUCCCACCCCGGGCUCGUAUGUUGGGGUGGUCCUUUCUUCCGAGCUUCCCCAGAAGGAACGCGAACACUUCCAGAGUGUUCUUUCACAGCUGACUGACUUGCGUGUCCAGGCAUCAGAUGGCGCAACCGAUACCAUUAACCUGGGUCAGAAGGUGCCAAUAGGGCCUGCUGCAGCUGAAGCAGCACCCCCUGCUGCUGAGGAGGAGAAGGUACUUCCUGAAUGGAGCGAGAAGGUGGCUCAGGGGAUCCUGACUGGGGCUUCAUGGCUGAGCUGGGGGUUGGUGAAGGGGGCUGAGUACACAGGGAAAGCCAUACAUAAAGGUGCAUCCAAACUACGAGAGCACAUCACACCAGAAGACAGUCCAGCCCAAGUCAGCCCCACGGUAACCAAAAGCCUCCAUGUGGCUAAACAGGCCACAGGAGGAGCAGUGAAGGUCAGCCAGUUCCUUGUGGAUGGACUGUGCACAGUCGCUGGACAUGUUGGCAGAGAGCUGGCACCCCAUGUAAAGAAACAUGGAGGGAAGCUUAUCCCAGAGUCUCUGAAGAAAGACAAAGAUGGACGCUCCAAUAUUGAUGGUGCCAUGGUGAUUGCAGCAAGUGGAGUUCAAGGAUUUGCAACAAUGUGGACAGGGCUGGAGGUUGCAGCAAAGAACAUUGCAAAGAGUGUUGCUACGGAAACGGUUACCACGGUAAAACAUAAGUAUGGGGCGGAAGCAGGCCAGGCCACAGAUCAUGCUGUCAACUCGGCCAUCAAUGUCGGCGUCACCGCGUUCAAUAUCGACAACCUGGGGAUCAAGGCAAUGGUCAAGAAGACUGGCAAAGAGACUGCCCAUGCCAUCCUGGCAGACUAUAAAGUCCAAGAGCCGAGCACUGAAGUUGAGAAACAUAAAGACCAAAAGUAAAGUUUAGAUUCAGACCUCUCGUUUCAGGGGUCCAUUUUUAAGAGCAAAUCAAAUGACUGAAGAAGUAGGUGGAUCCUUGUCCGGUUUUUCAACGAAUGCUGUUAUUUGUUUAUGUGACUGACCCUGAACUCCAAAGACUUUCCUACAGUAAACACAGUUAAGCCUGUGUUAUAUUUUCCACAUGAGCAAUCCGGACACGUACACGGACAUCGCGGACGCGGACUACUUGUAUUUAUACUACCGAAAGCGUACACUGAUGGUCCGCUCCGCAACAAACAUGUGAACAAACAAUUGCCCAGAAUUAUUGCACAUCAGUUUAGUCAGUGAUUUUGAAGCCUACUGACUGCCACAAAAAAAUUGGAGGAAUGCGGAUGUCUGCUCAGAGCCUCUGCGCACACUCUUCGAUGACGAUUUUUACAUCAUGCAUACCAUAGCGGACUCGCGGAAAGUAUAACACAGGCUUUAUUUAGUCAUGCUGUCAUGUUUACUAUUUUCACUGUGUCACGGGAGAAAUGGUAAAUACACUUUUAAAAUUCCCUGACAGCCUGCCGGACAGUAUUCCUGAUCUUGCCUAACACUUCACCAGCAAUUUACUUAACUAAACAUAUCACCAAUGAUUUUACUCACAUUAAAUCUUCAACAGUUUUGCAUGGCUUGUGUCUUUCAAAUGGACCCUUAAAACGAAGUACAAGCCAAAGGUGGACUUUAAGGUUUUCCCAUAGAGCCUUAACAAAUAUAAUCUUCUUGUAUUUAAAAAUACAUAUAUAUCUAAAGCUUUAUGAUAGCUGUUUUAUACAGUAUAUAGACCUGUUUGUUCUCAGAACUUCAGGAUUUUUUUAUGUUUGGAAAUAUUAAAAAGCACUUUAACCCCUGCUAGGAACAGACAUUGAAAUUUCUUGCAGAUGAUGAUAAAAAUAUAAUUGCAUUUUCAGUUGGAAUAUGAUACAGAGGAAAGAUAUCAGAAAUCUGUUUAUUCAGGAGGCAGAAAAAUCUAUUUCAAAGUCUAUUUAGUAUUUCAAAGUUUAAAAUGUGUAUUUUAUAAUAUUAAUAUUAUAUCAUAUUUUAAUUGAACGAGGCUUAUAUUUAAUAUUAACUGCAUUAAACUGUAAAAUGCCAUAUAUCUGAAGUCCUCCCACUGUAGAUAUUGACACUCAUAAAACAUGUUUAUGCCGUUUUAUUUCCCCAUGAAAACUGUUGACAAUGACUGCACUUUUUCUUUAAGUUUGACUACUGACUAUGUUUCUAUAGAUUCCAUAUAAAUAUAAACUUGAACUUCCAUAACAUUUCUCUGUAAAUGUUAACGGAGUUGUUAAUUCUUUGUGUUUGUUUUGAUGCAAUAUAUGUCUCAUUUGAAUGUAUGGACAGCAUAAAUAAGCAUCAAGUUUAACCACAAGUCAAUAGGUUUGCUCAGUGACAAAUAAUAUAAUAGCCAAUGGUUAUCUGACUUAAUAAAUUAAACAUUUAAAACA